AUGAACGGCACCGCGAACAUGCAGGCUCAGACUCACCAGCCGCAAUACAACAUCUCGCCGCACUUCCUCCACGCCCUCCGUCAACAAGCAGAACAGGCAGUGCAGCAUCAAUACGCCAACAUGACUUCCGCCGCGAAGCAACAAAUGUUCGACAAUUGGACGGCGCAAGCACCGGUCGGGUACCGUGAUGCUGUGGUGGCAAAGCACGGGACUCAGGCGCUCAACUGGCUGUUGUGCAACAACGAGUACAAGGUGAGGGUGAACCGGUAUAUCCAGAACAUCGCGCAAGGCCAGAAUGGUCCUGCUCAGACGGAGGCGACAACUGCACCACCGUCACAACGGACACCACAUGUCCAGACGAAUGCGCUUUGGGGCCAAGCCAGUCACGCCCCACUGGUCGGCAUGCAGCAAGCGUUCACUCAGACCUCGCUUACGCAAACUCAGGGGCAGAUUUCCCACACGCCCUCACCAGCCACCACCGCGCCUACCAACUCCACGCCAACUCAGCAGCCCUUCAGUCUCCCUCACUCUGUUUAUGAUGCUAGACUCCACGCCCAGCAGUCUUUCCAAGCGAGGCCGGGUGCAGUGUCUGGAGCCAUUGCCGCACCAAAUUCCACGCCACAGUCAUCCCAUACUCUCAACAUCAUUGCCUCGCAACACGAACUCCACUCACGCAGGAUGCUCUCUAGAGGCCUGCGGAAUGGUCCAGCUGCUCAUGGCAAUCUCUGCGCGCAGCAUAAGAUCGUUGUCGGUGGUCAACAGAUGCAAAAGAAAUUCGCGCCGCAAGAGAAGCUCAUCGAGACGUUCACAAAGUACACGGCUUUCUUCCCCGUCUGCAGUACAUGCCGCACCCAAGAGGUCAAGAACGCUAUCCAGAAUACACCCGGCCCUUCAAAAAUGCCACCUAAUGGAUCCAUCGACACUUGCUCUUGCGCCUCGCACAUAAUGGCCGACUGCCCCUUUUGCGAGGUCGGGGGCAUCGAGACGAAGAAGCGACUCGCUAUGCAGCAGCGACAAGGUCAUGCUUCGGACUCAACACCGCGUAUGCGCUGCCAUUGCGGCAAGCCAGCAGAGUACGAGGAGGCUGUGAGGAAGUGUGCGGGUUGCGGCGGCAUCAGCACUCAGCCUGCUAAUUUUGCCGGCGAGCGGGUUAAGUUCUAUGCUGCGACCGAUGUGGUCGCGAGUGUUGGGGAUGGCCAGAAUGUGGUGAUGAAGUAUGUGCAGCAGUUGCCCUAUCAGGUGCAGCAGUCGCAGAAGCAGGCGCAGGCGGCGAGCAGUUCGAGUAUGGCACCGAUGCAGAAUACUCCCACAAUGACGCCAGGCCAUGGCACAUUUCAGCCAAGCAACAAGCGCAAGCUCGACCACGACUACGAUCAGACGCAGGAGCGAGCACCGAAACGUCAACUGCAGUAUCCUAUGCCUCGACAGCCGACUCCUCAGCACGACCACUCACAGUCAAUGCAGACCUUGCAACGCAAUACGCAGCUCGGCAAUCAGUCCGCCGGUCUUUCGCUGCCUAAGCAACUACCCACACCUCAGCUGAGAACCAAUCAUGCAUCAAGUCCGGCUGCAUACUCCCCACAGGCUGGCUCGUCACAAGUCGACAGUCCUGCUACACCGGCCAAGAAGAAGAGGGCUCCACGUGAGGAGAAGCGAACAGCAUCUCAAGCCGGCCUCGUGGCUCCCGUAGGCAACAACUACCCUCAACGCCGGCAGACCAUGCCGCCCAACCAUCAACCUUUGUACGACGCAGACAUAGCAUCUAGGCUGGCAUCCACGCUCGGUUUGAUCGUAAAGCCACACACCAUCGAGAUGGGCCAGCACGCCACUCCAUUCCACGUCAUGGCCACCCUCCUAGUCGAUAACCACUACAAUCAUAUCGACCACAGCACCUGGUUGUCCGCCUUGAAAGUCCUCGGCCUCAACGGCGUCGAGAUGGCGUAUCCGCAGCCGCAGAAGGGCUCCCAGCCGCUCUCAGGCGGCCUGAUCAUGGAUAAUUUGCGUAAUCUGGGUUUCAUGCAUAAUCACCAAGCGAGAACGAGACCUGGUGUUGACUGUGGAUGCUGUGCGCGGCAGCAUGCUUUAAUGCAGGGCGUGGUACCUUCUGGCCGGGUCUCGACGCCUCCGGCUCAGUUCAGUGAUCCGAAUAUGCCUUCGCCGGAGUCCGCGCAGGGUCGGAAGACCUCCGGGCAGCGAGCUAAGACUACGACUUCGUCUCAGGAGAACGAGAUCAUCGACUUGUCUUCGCCGGCUUCUUCGCCAAACGUCGCGACGCCUGAGCAGGCUAGGGCCGCUGAGCCUGGUGUUCAAGAUAAUACCGGGUUGACGGACGAGGAUUGGAUGAGUUUUGUCAAUUAUCCUGACAAUGCUACCGCUGAGCCGGGGAGUGAUGGGUCGUAUGAGCAAGAACAGCAACCAUUGGUUGAGGACACGAUCGCUGGUCAUGGUGCUAAGAAUAGCGAGCGGAGCUUGACGCAAAUCGAGGCGAAUCUUCUCGAGCUCCUUCAGGCGGACCGUCCUGCUCAAGAGCAGAGUGUUGCAACGAGUACUACGCAACAGCCGACGGUGCCGGCUGGUAGGGAUGAGUCGUGGGCGGGGUACUAUCCGGUCGGUCACCGAAAUCUCUCAAAUGGUGUAAACGAUCGGCUGUUUGAAGGCCUUGAGGGGGAGGCUCUUUUGGCUGUAGUUCGUGAGGAGUCAUUUGGCUCUGGUCCACCUGCUGUGCAAGAAACAGAGUCGGCCGUUAUUCCACAGGCGGUUGAGAUUGCGAAAGAGACGGGCGAUACUGUGGCCUGCGAACUCGCCAAUCCGAUCGCCACCGCUGAUGGUGCUGCCGAUAGUGCAGCAAGUGCUACAAACACCACCGCUUCCGAUCCUCCUUCGAGCGGUCAUGACACGAUCCCUCCCAGCGUGCAUAGCACCCCACCCACACUAGCAGGCAACGAGCAGACAUCAGAAGUAGAAGCAGAGAAACAGCAUGAUACUACUCCUCCAAUCAGCACUCCCGCUCCAGACUUCCUACCCCGCGUCCUAACACCCGAGGAGCAAGCUCAAGCCGACAGUAUCGGUACAAUCUUCGAUCUAGGUGAGGAUGAGCCGAGUUUCACUCAGGAGGGCAAUGGUGGCGAUGAGUGGGCUGUUUGGCCACCGGAGGAGGACGGCACUGCGCCGGCUGAGGAGGGUGGAGAGGAUGAGCUGCCUGAGCGGCCGGAGGGGUUGAUGUCGGCUGGGCAGUGGGAGGAGGUUAUGGGUAGUGGGGCGUUUGAUGAUCUGGGAAGUCAGUUUGAGUAA